UCUGAAUCUCUCGGAGAAGAGCUAGAAAAAAACACAAACGGCGAUAUUCAAUUUUUCUCCCUUACAUUUACACUAAUGUUGACAUAUGCCUGUUUCGCUUCUUCAUCAUCAUUUGUAACUUGUAACAAUGUUGCAAAUCGUUUAAUGCUUGGGUUAGGAGGGGUUCUUGCGCCAAUACUUGGAAUAGGAUCAGCACUUGGAGCAGUCAGCGCUAUUGGUGUGAAAUUUACAAGCAUUGUUGGUGUGAUGCCGUUUCUUGUCGUCGGCAUUGGUAUAGACGAUAUGUUCAUUUUGAUGUCUGGAAUGGCGGAUGCACCAUCUCUUUCGACUGCGUCAAUAAAGGAUAGGAUGAAAUACAUGUUGAAAAAGAGCGGGGUAGCCAUAACUAUAACAUCCAUCACAGACCUGCUGGCCUUUACAAUUGGUGCAACAUCAGUCUUUGUUGGCAUAAGGAACUUCUGCAUUUAUACAGGUGUCGCGGUAUUUUUCUGUUAUCUAAACCAGUUGUUCUUCCUGUGUCCAGCAAUUUGUUUAAAUGAGAGAAGAACACAACAGAAAAGACAUUUUCUAUGUUGUUUUAGGACAAAAUCUAAGGAAUUUUCAAAUUCAUGGGGACAUAAGUUCUUUUGCACAGGAAGUAUUCCAAACAAAAGAGAGGAGGUAGAAAGUGGUUUAGAAAAAUAUCCCAAAUUAUUUGUAAUUCGCUUCCUUUUAAAGCCUCUAUUUGGAAAAAUCUCUACUUUUGUUCUUUUUCUGGCAUAUAUAGGUGGUUCAAUUUACGGCGCGAUCAACUUGCAACAAGGUCUUUCUUUGAAUAAUUUGGUUUCUGAUAAGUCUUACUUUUACAUAUACAGUGUUUGGGACGAAAGCUAUUUCACCACAGAACCCAUAAUUGCGCUUUUUGGCAUUGCUCUUGUAGUUAUGUUCUUCAUCACAGUGAUAUUCAUGCCUCAUCCACUGAUGGUUUGCAUUGUUAUGGUCACGCUUGUUAGCAUUCUGACUGGCGUAUUUGGUUUCAUGUAUAUUUGGGAUCUUACUUUAAGUUCCAUUACCAUGAUUCACUUGGUGAUGUCUGUUGGAUUUUCGGUGGAUUUCAGUGUGCAUGUUUGCCAUGCAUUCCUUGCAGUGAGGUCAGAAACGCAAACCGAUAUUCUUCAGAAAGCAUUUGAUAAAGCUGGUGGCCCUAUAUUCAACGCUGCAUUUUCAUCUCUGCUUGGGAUAUCGAUGCUCAGCUUAUCUCAAAAUUUCCAUCUUCCUGCUUUACAGAUUUCUUCUUCUGACAUACCAAACAUUGCUGCACUGGUUGCUGCCCCAAUUCUAAAUGAAUGA